AUGAACUUUGUUACAAACAAAAUUGAACAGAAAACAGGUAUGGACAUCAAUAAAGAUGGUCAUGUCGGAGGAGGUGGUCAUGUUGGAGGAGGUGGUGGUAUUACAGGACAAAUUGAAAAAGCUACCCACAUGGAUUUAAAUCAUGAUGGAGUUGUUGGAGGACGUCAAACUGGAGGAGGCGGUGGAGCAGGUCUUCUUGGUAAAGCUGAACAAGUAACACAUAUGGAUCUGAAUGGUGAUGGUCGUAUUGGUGGUGGAGCUCCUCGAAAUCAUUAA